AUGGUUUUAAGCGGCGGAUGUAGCGGCGGAUGUAGCGACGUUUUUACUAUAUCUCCCUCUUUCAUUCCCCUCUUGGUGGUGGCACCUAAUAAGUUGUCGGUGAAGUAUACUGCCGUAAGCCUCCAUGGCCAUGAUGUCGGUGUGGUUCAAGCCAAUAACCCGGUUCCUGUAAAGCGUCUGGUUUAUUACUUCGAGAUUUAUGUGAAGGACGCUGGAGUCAAGGGUCAAAUUGCUAUUGGAUUCACCAGUGAAGGCUUCAAGAUGCGCAGGCAACUCGGGUGGGAAGUAAACAGUUGCGGGUAUCAUGGGGAUGAUGGUAGGCUCUAUCGUGGGCAAGAAAAGGGAGAUGCUUUUGGUCCAACAUAUACAACAGGAGAUACGGUUGGUGGCGGCAUAAACUUUGCUUCACAGGAAUUCUUUUUCACUAAAAAUGGGGCAAUAGUAGGAACUUUUAGCAAGGAAAAGGAAAUGAACCGUUGCUUGUUUCCCACCAUUGCUGUCCACAGCCAAAAUGAGGAGGUUCAUGUCAACUUUGGGCAAAAGAAGUUUUCUUUUGAUCUGAAGGAAUAUGAAGCUCAAGAAAGGUUGAAGCAGCAGAUGACUAUUGAAAAUAUGCCUCUACCUCCAAAUAUUAGUUAUGGGUAUUUUUUUUCUCCUUCUGCUUUUAUGUAUUUUCUAUUCUGUUGUUUUACAUGCCUGUCCAUUACAGUUACCUAUUGGAUAUUUGAUGUUUGUGGUUAAAGAAGUAUCUGAAUUAUUUAAAUCUAGGCUACUGCUCUGAUAAUGUAACAGUUUCUGUAAAAUAGAAACUUGUCCUCUAGGCAAUGGUGUUAAUAUUAACUGCAUGUUGUUGGUUCUUGAUAACUGGUCUAUCUUCUGCCUCAUGUUACAUCACAGUGUAAUAAGGCAUUGAAGAAGUCUGAAAGGGUUUUGAAGCACCAGAAGCGGUAUGAGUAGAAGAUAAAAUAUUAAUACUUGAAGAUAUAUGUGUCAGACUAAAUCUA